AUGCAGUCUGCAGAACGCGCCAUCCUCCAAUCCUUAGGUCUCGCGACUGACACUCAUGUCAACACUCCCGUUGAGAAGACACCAGACGAGAAGCUCGCCGAGAAAGAUGCCAUCAUCGAAGAUCUCAAGAAGCAGAUCCAAAAGCUCACUGACCGUGGUCAGAAGCGCUGGCGCGACAACCUCUUCAUCAACCGUCGCGCCGAACUCGCCGAAAAGCGUCUCAGUCAGGCUUCCUUCUUUUUAAAAGACACUGAAGCGCGAUGCGGUCACGCUGUCGCGCAUAACAAGGCCUACGCUACUAGCCUCGAAGACAAAAUUAAGCAGAUGGAAGAGGACAAAAAGGUUUUAGCAGCGAAAGCGCUAUCGGAUCGCCAACACGACAUAGCGAACAUGCGGAAGCAGUUUGAGAUGGAAUGGAAGCGGGUUAGGAUCGAAGCAAACAAUGCAAAGGAAGAGGUGAGGCGAUUAGCAGACGAUAAUGUACGACUGGAGAAGGAAAAGGGCAUUUCGGAGACUGAAGCUGCAUUUCUGAAGCAGAAGCUUCAAGACCAAGCUCGAUCACUAUCGCCACGCAAACCGAUUGAAUAUCCCCUCAAUCCCCAAUACCAAGGCCCAGAGUCUAAGAAGCGUAAGGUCGAAGACAUUUCCUCUCCAUCUUUCGCUACUUCUCACGCGCAAACUCCAUUCUUGCGACUCAAUUUUGCGCCGCGAGCUCAAACCUUCACGCCUCCACAGCCCAUCCCCCAGUCCCUUCCGCAACCGCCACCAAUGACACCAUAUCAGGGUAUGCUAUUCCCGCACAUGGAAAUACUGGCGAAAAAUCGGAUGCCACCAGAGCACGAUAUGACGCCGCAAUCCCCAAUCUCAGGUCCCUAUGCCUCUUUCCCAGGUCUAACUCCCAUGCCAAUUCUAGCUGCGCCGAAUUACACCCCUCCACAACCGCAAUCGCAACCCCAGCAGCCACCACAUCCAGAGCCACAAGAGCGGCGCAUCGUCGCGUGCAUGAACUGCCACAAGCAUUGGUGGAACGGCACGUGCGACAACGGCACUCCAUGCCAGAACUGCCACCUGGAGGGCAAGACGGCAUCCCAGUGCAUCCGCCCCCGCUGCUCAUCAUUUGAGGCAGGAUCUUGCUCUCGCCGCAACUGCUCUCGAGCUCAUGAGGACGACCAGUUCAUGGCAGUUCACGCCUAUAAGAAAGACCUCAAGCGCUCAGUGACAAAGGCAAAUGCACCGGAUGCCCCAGUGACCAGAAAUUAG